CUUCCGCUAGGCCAUCAUGCCCUCCGGAAGUGAGUUUGUUUUAUUCGGACACAGGCGAAAUCACUGGAGUGAGAGUGAAAGGUGGCCAAAUCAAGUUUAAAAAAACACACGGUGCCCAACGAGGAGCGUGUUAAGAGAGUCUAAACAACGGUCUAGGGUUAGGUGUGCUCCACUGAUAAGAACAGAACGUUUAGAAUUUCCCCCGAACCUCAGUGUCUAACCCCUCAAGUCCUCUGGGGCCAGACGAAGCGAGGCGGGAGGUGAUGGAGCCUUCACCGGCAAAGGGGAAACCGCUGGGUCGCCUAUUGGUGUCUUCGACCCUGGACGCAAAAGAUGAGCUGGAAGAGCGGUUGGAGAGGUGUAUGGGGAUCGUCACUACUUUGACCAAUGGCAUGUCGGAGCGGGAAGCCAAUGAUGCCCUUACAGCCAGUGUGUGUAAGGGUCCCCAGCAACAUGAGGAGGUGUGUCUGGGACUCUUUGCUCUGCUGCUCACAGAGCCCGCGCAGGCACAAAGGUGCUACAGAGACCUGACCCUGGUAAAUAGGGAUGGUAUGAAUGUGAUCCUGAUAAAGAUCAACCAGAUCCUAAUGGAGAAGUUCCUUAAGCUGCAGGAUGUUUGUCGGACACAGUUGGUGUGGUUGGUGAGGGAGCUGGUGAAGAGUGGUGUGAUUGGAGCUGACGGAGUCCUCAUGACCCUCAUGAAGCAGAUCGCAGGUGGAGACAUCUCCAAUAAGAACCUGUGGCUGGCGGAGAAUGUGCUGGACAUAUUGGUGGAGCAAAGGGAGUGGGUGCUAAAGAGUGGCAUGUUGAUAGCCAUGUCUGUAUACACCUACCUCCGCCUCAUCGUGGACCACGGCACACCGGCCCUGCUUGUGCUCAGACAGAAGGAGGUGGACUUCUGCAUCGGCAUGCUCCGGGAGAAGUUCAUGGAGUGUUUCAUCAUCGGGAGAGACCUGGUGCGCCUGCUGCAGAUUGUGGCCCGUAUCCCAGAGAUGGAGUUGCUGUGGAAAGAUCUGCUCCACAACCCGCAGGCCCUCAGCCCCCAGUUCACUGGUAAGGGUUUGCUGCAGCUCCUGACGGCUCGCACGUCACGCAAGUUCCUAGCCUGUCGCCUCACGCCAGAUAUGGAGACCAAACUGCUCUUCAUGACCUCCAGGGUGCGUUUUGGCCAGCAGAAGCGCUACCAGGACUGGUUCCAGAGACAGUACCUGUCGACGGCAGAGAGCCAGUCGUUGCGCUGCGACCUGAUCCGCUACAUCUGCGGCGUGGUGCACCCAUCCAAUGAGGUGCUGAGCUCCGACAUCCUGCCCCGCUGGGCUAUCAUUGGCUGGCUGCUCACAACCUGCACGUCUAACGUGGCUGCCUCCAACGCCAAGCUGGCCCUGUUUUAUGACUGGCUGUUCUUCAGUCCAGAGAAGGACAGCAUCAUGAACAUAGAGCCUGCCAUACUGGUGAUGCAUCACUCCAUGAAGCCCCACCCAGCCAUCACUGCCACUCUGCUGGACUUCAUGUGUCGGAUCAUCCCUCACUUCUUCCCACCUCUUGAGGGGCAGGUCCGACAAGGUGUCUUCAACUCUCUCACCUUCAUCAUGGAGAAGAGAGUGCUGGCUCAUUUAGCACCUCUGUUUGACAACCCUAAACUGGACCGGGAGCUGCGCUCCAUGUUGAGGGAACGCUUCCCGGAAUUCUGCAGUUCCCCAUCCCCCCCCACCGAGGGACGGGAUGAAAGUACAAAUGAAAUGAAAAUGGAGGAGUCUGUUUCCUUGGAGAUGGACAACCACGUGCUGCUGGAUAAGGAGGACGGUUGCUAUGACAACACAGAGGCUGCUUUCAGCGACGAUGAGGAGGAGAUUAACAACAAGGGAAAUAAGAAGCGGGAGUUCAGGUUCCACCCAAUCAAAGAGGCCGUUAUUGAGGAGCCGGCUGACAUCACUCCCUACGUGGACCAAUUGGACGACACGAUGAAGGAGAAGGUGUUGCAGUUACAGAAAGGAAGUGACACGGAAACACAAUGUGAAGUCAUGCAGGAAAUAGUGGACCUGAUCUUGGAGGAGGACUUUGACUCGGAACAGAUGUCUACUCUGGCCUCCUGUUUGGCAGAGCUCUUUAAGGGCCACUUCAGAGGAGACGUACUGCCUGAUGAGAUCACAGAAGAGUCCCUGGAGGAGUCUGUGUGUAAACCAGUGUGCCUGGUGUUUAGGAACCUGUGUCAGAUGCAGGAGGACAACAGUGGCUUCUCAGUGCUGCUGGAGAUGCUGGCUGAGCUCUACCAGAAACAGCCCAAGAUCGGCUAUCAUCUGUUAUACUACCUCAAGGCCAGUAAAGCGGCGAUGGGGAAGAUGAGUCUGUAUGAGUCGUUUGCCCAGGCCACGGCGCUGGGAGACCUGCACACCUGUCUGAUGAUGGACAUGAAGGCCUGCCAGGAGGAUGACGUCCGGCUCCUCUGUUACCUCACACCAUCCAUCUACACAGAGUUUCCAGAUGAGACAUUGCGGAGCGGGGAGCUGCUCAACAUGAUAGUAGCGGUUAUCGAUUCAACACAGCUGCAGGAGCUGAUGUGUCACGUCAUGAUGGGCGAUCUGGUGAUGUUCCGCAAGGACUCGGUCCUCAAUAUCCUCAUCCAGUCUCUGGAUUGGGAGACAUUUGAGCAGUACAGCACCUGGCAGCUCUUCCUGGCCCACAACAUCCCUCUGGAGACCAUCAUCCCUAUCCUGCAACACCUCAAGUACAAAGAACACCCAGAAGCACUUUCCUGUUUGCUUUUGCAACUUCGCAGGGAAAAGCCCAGCGAGGAGAUGGUGAAGAUGGUGUUGAGUCGGCCCUGCCACCCAGAGGACCAGUUCACCACCAGUAUUCUGCGCCACUGGGCAGCCAAGCACGAUGAUGUUCUCGGGGAACACAUCAAAGCCCUGCUCAUCAAGAACAACAACCUGCCACGCAAACGCCAGAGUCUGCGCAGCUCCAGCAGUAAACUGGCCCAGCUGACCCUGGAACAGAUCCUGGAGCACAUGGACAACCUGAGGUUGAACCUCAGCAACACCAAGAACAGCUGUGAGUCUCUGACACACAUACACACAAACCCACGUCUUCUAGAACACACGCACCUGUCUGUCAAUGGUACCAGACCAACAAUACACUUACUGAACUCUAAAACUGCUGUCUGUGUCUCAGUCUUCACACAGACACCCAUCCUUCAGGCACUGCAACACGUCCAGGCCAGCUGUGACGAAGCCCACAAGAUGAGAUUCAGUGAUCUCUUUUCAUUGGCCGAGGAGUACGAAGAGGCGUCAUCCAAGCUUCCCAAGUCCCGGCGCAAGGCGCCUGCCUCCUCCCCGCGGUCGCGUAAAGGCGCAGCAACCCCAGUUAGUAACGAGGAAGAGAGUGCGUCCAGCAGUGCCUCGGAGGAAGAGGACUCCAAGCCCAAAGCUCCCAAGAGGAAGAGGAAAGGCUCAUCAGCCGUGGGCUCAGACAGCGACUGACCGCCACACAAUCAACCCUCUCCCACCUGCCAUAGUGACAUACCUGGAGACCGGACCAUCUGCCAACCAGCUUCUCUCAACCAUUGAGGAAACCCCGCCCCCAGAGGCAUGACCUCAACGGGGGGAGGGGGCAGGGCGAGGCUCCUUCAAAUGGACUCUAAUGCUACUGGCUGGAGCCAUGGAGAACGCUCCUCCUCUCACUGGACAUAGGCCGCUUUGCGUCAGUUGGUCUGGCUGGAUUGGUCAAGGGAAGAUUCCAGGGGGCUUGAAAAGCGAGCAGAAAUGCCAGUCACUGUGGCACAGAGACUGACAGACAUACUGUUACGAGACUGCUAUCUAUAUCCUUGAGGAAAGGAUUACAUGAGUAGACUUAGGAUGUUUGGGGGUGGGGGGGUUAAAUGUGUUGCUCUAGUGUCACUUUGUGGUCCGCCUACAGUAUCACACUGCACUUAGAGACAUCAGAACGACAGCAUUUUAUUAGCCAUGGCAAUGAUGACCAACCAACCAGCAAGACCAGCCAUGCCAGUACAUUUUAACAGAGUGGUCAACAUGGAAGUUCAGGUUCUGGUGAUGUUGCCUGUUCAAGGUCUAAGACUUGUUAAAGGGUUGAGAUGGUUGCUUUUGUCCCAACACUUCCACCUCAAAAAUAUAAUUCACCCCACAUCUGGAAAAACCUUCAACUAGUGGUUGAUUAAUAUGGGUCACUUUUUCCUGUCCACCCUACGUUUUUGAUUGGCCCGAAUUAAGACCACAGAAACACACUCUCAUUGGAUAAUUUUAACCACAGAUGGUUGGACUGAUUGCGAGUGCAGAAAUAAAGACUGUAUGAAUGGAGGACCCAGAAGUAGUUGCUGAACUUUUUAAUGGACGUUUCUUUGUACUGACCUAUUUUCAUAAAAAAGAUCAUAACUAUGUUAAAUGAUUAUGAUAUUAAUAAAAAAAAGGGCACAAAAACUCUGGUGUGGAGAUGUAG